GUAACAUUGAAUGUAGGCGCCCAGUACAAAAAGUUUUCUUAGUGUGUCAGGUUGCUUCGAUUAACAGUUGACUGUUCAUUCUUCCCCAUACCAAGGCUCGCGGAAACGUUUUUCUCCAGACAUUUUGCGUUCUCAAUGGUUUGUGAAUACUUCCUUCAUAAUUCUGUAUCCAGGGUCAGAAGCAAUCUAGUCAAGAAGGAAAUAAGAAAGAUGAUAAGACUAAACGAAGAGAAUUCGAUCCGCCAGUACCUACUAGAAUGGGUAAACACAAACGAUCUAAAGGGCCAGAUAGUGCCAACAAAUUACCUCAAGUCACACCUCAUACACGUUGUAAACUUCGUUUAUUAAAAAUGGAGAGAAUUAAGGAUUUUCUGCUUAUGGAAGAAGAGUUUAUCAAAAAUCAGGAGCGUCUUAAAACAGAUGAAGAGCGUCACGAGGAGGAACGGUCAAAAGUUGAUGAUUUGCGUGGCACUCCAAUGUCCGUGGGGACCUUGGAAGAAAUUAUCGACGACAAUCACGUUGUAGUAUCUACCUCUGUUGGUAGCGAGCACUAUGUUAGCAUUCUUUCUUUCGUCGAUAAGGGUAUGCUUGAACCUGGGUGUUCUGUCUUGUUAAACCAUAAAGUUCAUGCUGUUGUUGGUGUCUUGACAGACGAAACCGAUCCUAUGGUUACAGUUAUGAAGUUAGAAAAGGCUCCACAAGAAACAUACGCUGAUAUUGGCGGACUCGAUGUACAAAUCCAGGAGAUUAAAGAAUCAGUUGAACUACCUUUAACUCAUCCAGAACUUUAUGAAGAAAUGGGUAUUAAACCCCCUAAAGGCGUAAUCUUGUACGGUGCACCAGGGACAGGCAAAACAUUGCUAGCUAAGGCUGUUGCUAACCAAACAUCAGCUACCUUCCUUCGGGUUGUCGGGUCAGAAUUAAUUCAAAAGUAUUUGGGUGAUGGUCCAAAAUUGGUUCGUGAGUUGUUCCGGUUGGCAGAGGAAAAUGCACCUAGUAUCGUAUUUAUUGAUGAGAUCGAUGCGGUGGGGACAAAAAGGUUUGUGGUGUUUUCAAGUACUGUAUAUGCGGUUGGGUAACUCCUAGCAAAUGUAAAUGCAUAAACAUUAGAGAUACGUUUCUCCUCUAAAUUCAAAGUGUUCCAAGAAUAGUUCGCGUUAAUCCUAGUUCGACGAUAGAGUAAAAUAAUUAGAUGCUUUGGUAAUUUCACUUAAAAAUCUUAGUCCUUCUACAUGUCGGUGGAAAACGAAGUUUUCAUACUGGUAUAGCAAUAGCUCUUAGCUUUUACUCAUUUGGUGGGUUGAGGUUAAUUAUUCUGCUUUGCUUUUCAUCUUUUUAAUUUACUGUAUUGUAUAAUUCACUGCAUAAAUAGAUUAAUUUGGUGCUACUGAGCUGAUUAUUUGUCCACAUUUUUGUGUUUGGGGCUACAGUGGGUUAAAAAUACAGCUACGAAAAGAAAAGGACUCAAUAUUUGUGUAGUUAAUAAGGGCGGAUUGUAUGUCUUAAACAUCAUUGAUAUAAAAGCACAACAAAAGGUCUCCAGAUUGCAUUCUGGAAAUUCGAGACACUCGUUUGUGUAGGAGAUUCCCAGCUGACAUCCUCAUAAACUGGUGAAUAGAAAUGUCUAGCACUGCCAUAUAUAUAUAUAUAUAUAUAUAUAUUUAUAUAUAUAUAUUUAUAUAUAUACUAUUUUUCAGUGAUUGGUUUUCCCCCUUUGUCCUUGACCAGCCUCUCUGGUUUACUAUGUUUCCUUGCCAGUUUCUUCGUCGUGUCAUAUAGUUGUUUGAUAUUUCCUUCUUUUAUAGCAUUUUCCUCUACCUUUGCUAGCAGGAUAAUGAUAAUUUUCCAUUUACCUAAAAUUUGUCAAAGAAAAAAAGGCGUCAGUAUAGAAAUUCAGUUCUCGACGUAGUGAAAACAUUAAAGAUUUCAGUGAUGCAUUUUAAACAUUAUCCUAAGUUUCCGUGGAAAGGAGUUCGACAUCUUUAUGCAGAAAUAAAGACGCCAUUUGAAGUUGUCUAGUUGGUAUCAAGUAAUAAAAACCUUCUAGAAGCACUCUAAAAUUUCAAAGGCUUGGGCUUUCAAAUCACUAGACCGAUGGGACACGGUUUCUGACAUUUUCGCGAAAUUAAAUUUAAAAAAAUAAAGACCUAAUAUUGAUAGCAACAAAACUCAGAAUUAUAUUCUGUUUUAUAUUUCCAAGGGACGAAAGGGAAAUUUGUGAAGGAAAAAUCGCCAUAUAUUAUAGUCACUAGUGAGGAUUGACUUUACAACCGUUACAUAUUCAAGCCAGUGAUUUGUGAGAAAGUCAGUUGUAUAACACUUCUCAGGACUUUGGAGAUAAAGAAAAAGGGAAUGAAAACAAAUAAAUAAAAACGUGUUAUUUAGUCAUUCAUUCAUAAAGUAGAACCUGUAUGCAUGUAUCCCAUUAGCACACCGAAAUGAAAUUGUCAGACAAAACCCCAGACCAGUAGAAGUAGUAACAGUAUCAGUGGUAAUAGGAAAGAUUAAACACAGAAGAUGCAACUCGAAAAAUAUAUAUAAAUUAACGGGAUAAGAACGAAUAAAGUUAUGAGGAACUUAGAAUCUCAGAAUUUGGGUGAAGACUAAAAGUAGAUGAGCCUGCGCCAUUGCAAACGAUAUUGAACCAUGUCAUCCAAAGUCUCUAAUUAUUGGUUACGAUAAUCAAGUGGACCCCAACCACGUAGUCUGUCAGUCAUCUACAACGUAGGACCAGGCACAUAUGUGCAUCGGUCCAAAUUUCCAUACUGCAUUAGCACAACAAGAUUCACUGGAUUCAUAGAAGUAGUUAAUUCAAUGGUGGUAAUAUAUAAAAGGAAGAUUGGAUAUAAGGAUAUAGUACAAGAAGAGAGAAAUAGUUAGUAGAAAGAAAGAUAUGGAGCGAUUUUACUCUCUUAGUUUAAGGGAAGACAGAGUGUAUACACCAAUGCCAUUGUGAUCGACUCUGAGCCAUGUCACCAAGAAUCUCCAACCAUUAGUUACGAUAGUCACGCACACCCUAACCAAGUAGUCUGCAUCUACCAACGUGGCUCAGACUAGAAGUUAGUAGUUUCAAGGACUGAUGCCACGUUUUGGUUUGACCGCCCCUAACUUUCUUCCAACCGUCUCCAACACCACUCAGCAUUGCGCGUCGUGGUAAACGGUGUUCAGGCAUACGAAACACACGGCCCAACCAUCUCAUUCAACGAAGAUUUACAACCUCAUCAACUGAUUUACCAUCGUUUCCCAAUACCCUGUGUCUAACCUCACUAUUACUUACCCGGUGAUCCCAGAAAAUGCGAGCGAUAUUUCUAAGACAUAUUUGAUUAAAUACUAGUACCUUACGAGAAUCUUCUACUCGUAAUGGCCACGUUCCGCAGCCGUAAAGUAAAACAGAACGGACUGCCGCGCAGUAUACUCGUCCUUUUAUUGAUAGACGGAUAUCUCGCCUUCGCCACAGGUGACGUAAGUCGGCAAAAGCCAAGCGAGCUUUUCGAAUCCGUGCUGAGAUUUCGUCAGACACCAACGCAUUAGGGCUGAUCAGACUUCCAAGAUAAGUGAAGUUGUCAACGCGUCCGACUACUUCACGCCCUAUCCUUAGUUCAGGUAUUAACGCAGGUCAGUCCUGAAGCAAUAACUUGCAUUUAGAUGGGGAGAAACGGGUCCAAAACACCCUGGCAUUGUUGCUCAGUGCUACCAAAAGACCUCUGCAUUUUAUCAGCGUCUUCGAAAAACAGGACUAUAUCAGCUGCGUAUUCUAAGUCGAUAAGUGGACCUCCUGGAGGGAGAUCAAUGCCCAAGAAUUCAGUCGACGGGAACGUUAUUUCCAUCAAUAUACCUAUGAUGAAGUUGAACAAAAAUUGAGAUAGUGGACAGCCUUGACGGACAACACUUGAGGUUGAAAAAUCAAAUGACAACUUUCCAUAAGCUCUGAUCCGACUGGUAGUGUUCGAGUAAAGAGCCUUCACAAGGUUUAUGUACUUCUGAGGUACGCUUUUCAAUAACAGACACUGACACAGAACCUCCCGGUCUACAGAAUCAAAUGCUGCUUUUAAGUCAAGAUAAACUGUCAUUGUCGGACGCCGAUAAGUAUGCUUGUGUUCUAGAACCUGACGAAUGGUGAAUAUGUGGUCGAUGCAGCCACAACCAGGUCUGAAACCAACCUGAUUUCCUCGUGUUUGCAGCUUACGAGUCUUUGUUAAGCGUACGACAAUUAUUGAGGCUAGUAUUUUAGGUUCUAUACUAGUCGAACUAAUCCCGCUAUGGUUAUCACAGGAUGAUUUUGACCCCUUCUUACAUAUUGGGACGAUCAGUGAUUGCGACCAGUCAGAUGGAAUUAUAUCCGACUCCCAGAUUUUAGCUAAAAUAUUAGUCAACCCAAUCAUUAAAACUGGACCACCAGACCUAAAGACCGCUGGAGCAAAUCCAUCUGAACCAGCUGCCCUUCCUCGUUUCGGAUUAGCUAUAGCUUUCUCCACUUCAAUUCGAGUUGAAGGACCUACUUCAAUGUUCCAUUCAGGCUUUCUGGGAAUGGUAAGUAGUUUUAGAGUAGCUGAAGGCCAGCUACACUGCUCUCUAAAGUGUUCUGCCCAUCGUCCUAAACGUCUGGACUGAGAGCAGCCUCGUUUUCAGAACUAUUUAAGUGUGACCUCAGUUGUUCCUGGAACCUACUUUUGGUUUUCUCGUUACUCAAUUCAGUUCUAAUGGGUCUUCUUAGUGUGGCUUUUCUGCAUCCAGUGAGGCGCAAGCAGAUGCGUGCUCGUAUUAGAGUAUGGUCGGAGUCCAAGCAGGUACUCCAGAAUGAACGACAAUCUUCUAUCGAACCUCUCCAACGAUGACUAAUGCCAAUAUGGUCUAUUUGAGUCCAUCGUUGGUUUGGUGCAGGAAGUCGCCAUGUUAGACGAUGUCUCUCCUAAUGCUUAAAAUUUGUGUUUGCUAAAAAUAAACGAUUGUCUGAGCACAGUUGCAGCAGACGAUCACCAUUAUCUGUUCGCUGUGUCGGAAUACUAAAAUACACACUCAAAUGCCUUUCUGUCUGGUUUAAGCUACCUAUCUGGGUAUUAAAGUCAUCUCCCACGUGUACUAUGUCUGAACGUUUAGCUUUCUGAAGAAGUUCAGAGAGCUUUCUGUAGAAUUCAUAUUUCACUUCAUCCGAGCUGCAGUCAGUGGAAACGUAGACAGAAACGACAAAAAGGCAACCACGUGUGUCCCUAUCCUUCCGAUUUCUUACGGAACCGUUUAGCCGAACAACACAUAGACGACUGUUAACGGGGAUCCACUUUAAUAAUACUUGUUCCGCCCUCAUGCCUAGUGCUACGCCUACACCUGCCAGUACACGAGGACUAGCCAUCGGGUCGCCAGAUACACUGGGGUGUAUCUCGUUAGCUCUCCGUCUUGCCGAGGCGGGGUCAAGUGAAUGACCACACUAGGAUCCUGUAUGCGUGUUUCGGAGACGCAGCAUACAUCAAUCGUACGGGAUUCUAGGGUUUUAGCCAAGGAGGCCUGCUGACCGACUUGACAUAGUAUGUGUACGUUGGAGGCUCUAAUGUGUAGUUUGGAGCGAGGUUUCAGUGGACCUGGGACAGUGUUUUGCACACUAGAAUCGUUGGCUAUGGUGACACUCGAGGACGAAGCCGAAACAGGAAGUUUAGAGUUGAAAGUCGAUGUAGGAGGAAUUAUAGGAAUUGAAGAGGGAGUUUGAUUAUGAAUACAGUGGUCCUUGAGUGCUGUUAGAUAUAUGAGGGCGGUUAUCACUUCCCGGUCAUCCACACCGUGGAAGGGUUUUUCUGGAGGUACCUGAAAAGGAAAUUGUGUUAGGGGUGGUCUCAGUGACCUUUUUGUGUUAGCUCCGUACUUGUUGAGACCUUGCCGCCGGAGACGGAUAUUCGUGAGAUAAUGCGAGGUGUGCAUUUCUAGGGUUGACCUUUGCUAACUCCACCCCUCCUUGUGGGAAGGCAGCAUCGCUGUCAUGCUGGUUGUCUGAAGGAAACACCGUACUGCUGUCACACCUCUGUACAGUCAUCAGUACGACUUCGCCUUCGGACCUUGGGUUUGUCGCUUUUAGUCUUGCCGCUCCUCAACCGACAUGUCUGGCAUGGUAGGACCUUGAGGAACGGUUGUUUCAGCCAGUAUAGCUCGGUUGCUUCAUCACGAUAGGCAAGCCCGACCACCAUGUCAUGGUAGCAACAACGGUCGGGUAGAUGGUGAUCUGAAGUUAUAUCAACUCCUCUCUUGGUUCUCACGUCUUCCAUUGUCCUUGUGAAUGUUUCAGUGAUACAAAUAUAAUCGAUCUGGUUUUCCGUGGUGUGGUCCAUUGAGAUUCAUGUAGCUUUGUGUACGCGUCUGUGUGGAAGUAUUGUGCCGCCUAUAACCAAUUUGUUGAAUGCACAUAGAUUUGCAACUUCCUCGCCAUUCCCGUUCCUGUCUCUCAGUCAGUUCAUGUCGUCUCAUGAUAUCUUCAUAACCGUUGUUGUCCACUCCAACUUUUGCGUUUAAAUCUCCCAUCACGAUGGUUAGGUUCUUUCCUGGGCAUUUCUCUAUGAUCGAUUGCAGCCUCUCGUAGGACUGAUCUUUGUCGUCGUCAUUGCUAUCAUCGGUGGGUGCAUAACAUUGGAUAAUAUUCAUUGUGAUUCCCUCCUCCUUUGUUUUGAAUGAUGCUUUGAUGAUCCAUGAGAUUCCCAUUCUAUAAGUGCAUUUCGUGCUAGUUUAAACAGCACCAGAGCAACUCCCUGAAUGUGUGGAGUAUUUUUCUCUUCGUAACCAGAGUUAUUCUGGUUAGCGUUUCUUAGCAAUAUUUGUUACGGGACUGGGAUGCUGACUCUAUACUCCAACCUUCUUUACCUGGGCUUGGGACCGGCAGUAGCCCUAGAAGAGCUACAAGCGGAGAUCCUUGUGAAAUAACUGUUCAGUAAAACGAACAUAUAUAUGUACUAAGUUUAAAUUCGGGGAGAAUACUGUAUCUGUGAAUAAGUAUUUCGGGAUGUUAAGUUCAUGUUUUGUAUUUUUUGGGAUUGGAAAAUUAUAAUUCCAAGCAAAACCAAGUGUUCGGUAACCGAAUUAGGAAUACCAGUAAGAUACACGGCGUUCAAUGCAGGAUGGUGUCUAUUCAAGUGACCAAACCCAGUCAACUAAGGAAGCAGUCAUGUUUUGCCACCCAUUUAGUUCAGUAGUUAGAACAAGGCAUCUAAAAGUUCACUGAUGGGUCCUAAUUAAACUUUUAUGUUAAGUGAUUAUGCCUUUGCUGGCUGAUAUAAUUUCCGCAAAUUUAAUCUAUAAAAGUAUUGUACUCUAAGUAGUAUGCUUGUUGUAGAAAGGAUGCAAUGAUGUGACUUUAUUUCUUGUUGAUAUUUCUAUACCAGCUUGGUUACUUUCACUACGUUUGCUUCUUUGAUUGAUAUUAUCUUAUUGCCAAUAAGGUUAGAUUUAUGAAUCUUCCGAAUAACACUGAGUUCGUAUGCCGUACAUGUGAUGUAGGCUAGGUUUGUCUCAAUAAAUCAGUUUUGAUUAUUUUAGGUAUGAAUCAAAUUCAGGUGGUGAACGCGAAAUACAGAGGACAAUGUUAGAAUUACUUAAUCAACUGGAUGGUUUUGAUUCUCGUGGAGACGUGAAAGUUAUUAUGGCCACUAACAGAAUUGAAACGUUGGACCCUGCGCUAAUCAGACCUGGUCGAAUCGAUCGUAAAAUCGAAUUUCCCUUACCUGAUGAAAAAACAAAACGUCGUAUUUUCAGUAUUCAUACAAGUCGCAUGACUUUAGCUGAAGAUGUAAAUUUGGAGGAAUAUGUUUCUUCUAAAGAUGAACUUUCAGGUGCUGACAUCAAGGCUAUUUGUACUGAAGCUGGGUUGUUGGCUCUACGAGAAAGAAGAAUGAAAGUCACUGACGAAGAUUUCAAAAAGGCGAGAGAGAAUGUACUUUAUCGGAAAAGUGAAGGGACACCUGAAGGACUUUAUCUGUAACUUGACUCACUUCUGCACUCUGUAAAAUAUAUGUACGCAAACAUGUUUUACUUACUAGUAUCUUGUUUAUUUCACAGUAUAUCUUCUUACUGAAUUAUUUUAAUGCACGUAUUCAAGUAUUUUGAGCGGCCUUGUAUUUGUUAUCGGAUCCAUACUCCUGUAAAUCUGUUUCCAAUUUUGUUGAAUAUAACUCGUCCACUUUUACCCAGAGGACUGACGAAAGUUGUUUUAUAUCGAAUGUUCGCAAUUCUCAUGUAUCAUAACACUUAGCCGCAUAUUAAUGUUACUAUAUCACUCAUACAAACCUUUGAUACUGCUUAAUCAAAGAUUUUAGUUUGAAACUAUUUGGUAUCCAUUUAAUUAGGUGUCCACUUUACAAGGUUCGAAGGUGAAGGAAUCGGAUACAAAAUAUAUAGUCGUUCAUGCUGUGGCUUAAAACCACAAAUGACUGGUCUUCAGUUGGAUAGAAUUGAGGGAUUGGAGCCAGUAGUUAGAGCAAACACCAUGUUGUGGGUUCGAACCUAGACCUACCAACACCGAUUCGGGAAUACUAGUAUCAUGUGCCCUCACACUAAAUGUUUUUUGAUUCCGAGCAUAUUAAUCUGUCUAGCUACUCGACUGAACCGCAUCCCACCUUUAAGUCGGACGUCAUACUCGUCUUGAUUUGUUCUUCUAAGAUUCGGUAGCAAAACGCUACUAUCGAUUGUCAAAAGCAUCAAAUGACGUCGCAUAAUUAUAGCGUUUAUGGUCUCGUUGUACUGAAGUAGUAUUCUGCUAAAAAGCCAACUGCCUAGUUCCACGAAAGGUACAGUUAGUUGAGUAUAUGUGGGUCUUCAGUCUGAUAACCUGGUUUUCUAAAACCACACGACACGUCCUAUCACAAAGCUAGGUUGCUCAGUGGACU